AUGUACCUCAUCGAGACGAUAUUCGACGUCUUAUUGCUUUUUGGAAACGCCCCUAAUAACAACGAUUUCGUCCUUGUCCAUGGCUUGUCGUCCACCACCGGGCGGAAGUACACGAGGAUACGUGACAACUUCGAGAUCUUCAAGAGCGUGAAGUCGAUGCUGUACGAGUCUGAUACUAUGUUCAGGGGUCUCUCGGCUAAUAUCGGGAAGAAGCUGCGUAAACACUCGAUCUUCGCAGACAGCACGUACGUCUACACGUUCGCCCAUAAGACCACCCACCUGCUCAAUCGCCGCUCUUUCAAGAGGGUCAACAAAUUCGCGAUGGACUGCAAGCUUCAACCGACGAGAAACACUCUCUAUACGAAUGAGUACCAGACGAGCCUUCUACCUACGCCCUUGGAGGUCACGUACGUCUUCUUGAAGAUGAUAUCGGCUGACUACUGCGCAAGCGAUAACGAGAGUGGCAUUCUAGGAAAGAAGAGAACGAUCUGGGAGGGCGGCCUGUUCAAGCUUACUAUCACAUUCCCGGAAGCAUACGUGCUGGAUAAGGAGAGUACCCUACGAAGACCUCCCAAGUCUCCGGUGGUGCUCAAGCAGAAGACGAUGCGGUAG